AUGUUCCUUGGGCCGAGAUACAUCCAUCACUUUUCUACACAACAAGUAACAAGGAGCUUGACGCAAUUACUUACACCAAAACAUUAUGGAGUUUGUCUUGUGAGACACAAUUCAGCGAUACCAUCGAUAUCCAGUAAUCUCCAUGUUAUGCUACUUCCCCAGAACGUCACUAAUGGACACUUGAGCUUGAUAACGAAACGGUGUUUUGCAACUUCGAAUUUAAACUUCAAGGAGAACGAAAAGGUGGGAAAGACUAAAAUUUCACCAUCUGAAUUAGUAGGGAAACACAAAGGAGAGAGCAAAGAUCCUUCGGAACGGGGAGAACAUGUGAAAGGUUGGAAGGAGAAACUAUUGGGGAUCACGCAUGAGGAAUCGAAUAGUGCAACAUUCUCAGAGGUGUGGAGAUUGAUAAAGUUGGGUAGGAAGGACCUACCACUAUUCUUAUUGGCAAUGACAUUAUUGGUGAUUUCUGCAGCCAUUGUGAUGUCGUUACCGAAAAUUACCGGUUUGAUAUUAGAUGCAACCAGGAAUUUCACCAAGCUUGAUGAUGUUGAAAUUUAUGGAUAUUCAUUAGAAGAUUUCUUGUAUUUAAUGGCGGCAAUGUUGGCGAUCUCAACGGCUGCAACGGUGGCUAGGAUUAUAAUGAUGAGAAUCUUGGGUGAGAAUUUGGUUUCAAGGUUAAGAUCCAACUUCAUGAAGAAAAUCUACAUGCAAGAUAUGUCAUUUUAUGAUAAGAAUAAAGUUGGUGAUUUGAUUUCGAGAUUGAGUUCAGAUGCUUAUGUUGUCAGUAAAUCAAUUACGCAAAAUGCGUCUGACGGUAUCAAGCACUCCCUUGUCUUGGGGUCAUCCAUAACCAUGAUGUUUGUUUUAUCGACGAAAUUAUCCCUGAUUAUGUUGGCAUUUGCUCCACCACUACUGUUUUUCUCGUACUUAUAUGGUUUGAAAAUUAGGUCCUUAUCUAGACAGUUACAACAAGCAACAGGUGCAUUAACAAAAGUCAGCGAGCAACAGUUGAACUCCAUCAGGACAAUUCAAUCGUUUACUGCCGAGACAAAAGAAUUACGGCGUUACAAUGAAAGAAUCAGAAGCGUUUGGAAGAUUUCAGUAAAGGAUGCCAUAACUAAUGCUACAUUUUUUGGAUCCACAGGAAUUUUAGGGAACACCACAUUUAUACUUACGUUAGCACUUGGUACAAGGUUUGUAUUUGAUGGUUCAAUGACUGUUGGUGAUUUAACAGCGUAUUUGAUUUAUACCGAAUAUUGUGGGAACGCCACAUUUGGUAUUGCCAGUUUUUACACUGAGCUCUUCAAGGGUGCCGGUGCAGCCAGUAGAUUGUUUGAAAUGUUAGACAUCAAGCCAAGUAUCGAUCCAAUCCACGGCCAUAAGUUGGUGAGUAGUAUCAACAGGUCGUCAACGCCAAUCGAGGGCAAGGAAGUUGUUUGUAAGGGACACAUUAGAUUUGAAGAUGUAUCAUUUGCCUACCCAACAAGACCCAACAAUAUUGUUUUUGACAAGUUAUCAUUUGACAUACCAGCAGGCACUAGUGUUUGCAUUGUUGGCCCCUCCGGUAAGGGUAAAUCAACCAUUGCCUCGCUCUUACUCCGGUUUUAUCAACCCCUGAGUGGGCGUAUAGUAGUUGAUGGACACAAUCUGGAAGAAUUUUCGGUACACUCUGUACGUCAGACAUUUGGGUUUGUCCAGCAAGAGCCGGUGUUGAUCGAGGGUACCAUCGAGGAGAACAUACGGUACGGCUUGCCCCUGAAGCUUUCCAAGAGGCUCAAGAGGUCAGACGUUGAAUGGGCUGCGCAGAAGGCCAACUGUGACUUUAUCUACUCAUUACCUGAAGGCUUUGAUACAAACAUUGGACCUAGAGGAUCGUUGUUAUCUGGAGGACAGCGCCAGAAGAUUGCGUUAGCCCGGUGUCUGAUCAAGGAACCUCCUGUUUUGAUCCUCGACGAAGCUACAAGUGCUCUAGACAGCAAGAGUGAGUCUGCUAUCAACGAGACUCUGGAGAGAUUGAUGAAGAGCGGUAAAAUGACCACCAUCAGUAUAGCCCAUCGACUCAGUACCAUUGAGCGUUGCGAAUACAUCCUUGUACUUGGAUACCACGGGAGUAUCGUGGAGCAUGGUAAAUUCAGAGACCUUUGGUCCGAGAAAAACAGCCAUCUAUGGAAGUUGCUCAACACCACUCCAUCAUCUCCAAGCAACGGAUCCGAGCAAACCAAAUCUCAUGGUCCUCCCUUUGAUGGCGAUGGAGAGGGCAGCAACGAACGUGAUGACGUUGAGAGGAGAACGACAGACGAUGCCGAAGGUGACGACGAAACCGAAAGUGCCAACAAAGAAGUCAACGAUGCAAAUAGUGACAAUAACAAUCUAUCUAACGUGCAGAAAGAAAAUGAGGCUACAGAACGUCUUCCCCCUACAGAAGGUGCCAUCCGCAUGAGGAUGUGA